GGAACCAUCGCCUCAGUCUCGCACAGGAAGCCCCACAGAACGCCAUUUUCAAGUGCUGAGAAUUUAAUCCGUUUCCUCCUUCAAUUAGCAACUAUUGUAGAGUUCAUGUACCCUGUUGGGCAGCCACCUGGUCCUCCUGGCCCACCCGGUCCCUCGGGUCCGGGUGGACCCCCAGGACCAGCUGGCCCCCCAGUGCCCCGACCCUUGACCUUGCCGCCGGGACCCACGCCGGUCCCUGGCCCCAUCACUACCAUUGUACCGCAGGCCCCUGGUACGCCAGCUGUGGCAACGGGGACAGGCAUGACUGCCCUCUUACCACCAGAACUACCUACUUUUGUAGCACCAAGAAGACCGAAUCUCGGGCGAGAAGGUCGACCUAUCACGUUGCGGGCCAAUCACUUCCAGAUCUCUAUGCCGAGAGGUUACAUUCACCACUAUGAUAUUAGUAUUACCCCUGAUAAAUGCCCGCGCAAGGUUAAUCGGGAAAUUAUUGAGACGAUGGUUCAUGCUUUCCCUAGAAUUUUUGGCACUCUAAAGCCUGUCUUCGAUGGGAGAAGCAAUUUAUACACCAGAGAUCCCCUGCCCAUUGGUAAUGAAAAAAUGGAGCUUGAGGUAACGUUACCAGGGGAAGGACGUGACAGGGUGUUCAAGGUAGCGAUGAAAUGGUUAGCACAAGUAAAUCUAUAUACGUUAGAAGAAGCAUUGGAGGGACGGACGAGAACCAUUCCUUAUGAUGCAAUACAGGCACUAGAUGUCGUUAUGCGUCACCUGCCAUCCAUGACGUACACACCAGUGGGCAGGUCCUUUUUCUCCGCUCCAGAUGGCUAUUAUCACCCCUUGGGAGGUGGAAGGGAAGUGUGGUUUGGCUUCCAUCAAAGUGUAAGACCUUCACAGUGGAAGAUGAUGCUUAACAUUGACGUGUCAGCUACAGCAUUCUACAAGGCCCAGGCAGUAAUAGAGUUUAUGUGUGAAGUGUUAGAUAUUCGAGAAAUAGGUGAGCAGAGGAAACCUCUAACGGAUUCGCAGCGUGUCAAGUUCACAAAAGAAAUUAAGGGUCUGAAGAUUGAGAUCACACACUGUGGUGCGAUGCGAAGAAAGUACAGGGUGUGUAAUGUCACAAGAAGGCCAGCACAGAUGCAGUCGUUCCCAUUGCAGCUAGAGAAUGGUCAGACUGUGGAAUGUACUGUUGCAAAAUAUUUCCUUGACAAAUACAAAAUGAAACUCAGGUUCCCCCAUCUACCUUGCCUUCAGGUGGGACAAGAACACAAACACACAUACCUUCCUCUGGAAGUAUGCAACAUUGUACCUGGACAACGAUGCAUCAAGAAACUAACAGACAUGCAGACAUCUACCAUGAUCAAGGCAACAGCUAGAUCUGCACCUGAUAGGGAGAGAGAGAUCAACAAUCUGGUCCGAAAGGCGGACUUUAACAAUGACCCGUACAUGCAAGAAUUUGGUCUGACGAUCAGUACAGCUAUGAUGGAGGUCCGAGGUCGCGUACUCCCACCCCCAAAGCUCCAAUAUGGAGGGCGAACAAAGCAACAAGCUCUGCCCAACCAGGGGGUGUGGGACAUGAGGGGGAAACAGUUCUUCACAGGGGUAGAAAUCCGCGUGUGGGCCGUUGCAUGCUUCGCCCCACAGCGCACAGUGAGAGAAGAUGCGCUGCGCAAUUUUACACAGCAACUACAAAAGAUUAGUAAUGAUGCUGGCAUGCCCAUCAUUGGCCAGCCGUGCUUCUGCAAGUAUGCCAACGGUCCUGACCAGGUAGAGCCCAUGUUCCGUUACCUGAAGAGCACAUUCACCGGUCUGCAGCUUGUAUGUGUUGUUCUACCAGGCAAAACUCCUGUCUAUGCUGAAGUGAAGCGUGUGGGUGACACUGUCUUAGGAAUGGCUACCCAAUGUGUCCAGGCCAAGAAUGUGAACAAAACCUCACCUCAAACACUGUCCAACCUCUGUCUCAAAAUAAAUGUGAAGUUGGGAGGCAUCAACUCCAUUCUUGUUCCAGGCAUCAGACCAAAAGUGUUCAAUGAGCCUGUGAUCUUCCUGGGUGCUGAUGUAACUCAUCCACCAGCGGGUGAUAAUAAGAAGCCGUCCAUUGCAGCCGUAGUAGGAUCUAUGGAUGCUCAUCCAUCACGCUAUGCUGCAACUGUCCGGGUCCAGCAGCACAGACAGAAUGGAUCAACAACACAAGGCCAAAGUGCCAGUGACGGCUCGCGACCCAGACAACUGACUUUCGCGAGGACGGCACAUGACGAGGUGAUCCAGGAGCUCUCUUCUAUGGUGAAGGAGCUGCUCAUCCAGUUCUACAAGUCUACGCGGUUCAAGCCCAACAGGAUCAUCCUUUAUCGGGAUGGUGUGAGCGAGGGACAAUUCCAAACCGUGCUCCAGCAUGAGCUGACUGCCAUGAGAGAGGCUUGCAUAAAGUUGGAAGCGGACUACAAGCCUGGCAUCACGUACAUUGCUGUGCAGAAGAGACAUCAUACAAGAUUGUUCUGUUCUGACAAGAAAGAACAGAGUGGCAAGAGUGGUAAUAUUCCUGCUGGUACAACUGUUGAUGUGGGCAUCACGCAUCCAACUGAGUUUGACUUCUACCUCUGCUCUCAUCAGGGUAUCCAGGGCACAAGUCGUCCCAGUCACUACCACGUACUGUGGGAUGAUAACCACUUUGACAGUGAUGAGCUGCAGUGCCUGACUUACCAGUUGUGUCAUACCUAUGUAAGAUGUACACGAUCAGUCUCCAUACCUGCUCCAGCCUAUUAUGCUCACUUGGUAGCCUUCAGGGCUCGUUAUCAUCUCGUCGAAAAGGAGCAUGACAGAGAUAUGUAAAGGGUUUAAUAACCCUUGAACUCAUGUGUAUAUAACUGGAAGGGGCAUUGCUCUUGCAUAAAGUUCAUAGGAUAUUAAGUCUGUGGAACAUUGUCCAAUGUUAAAAAAUUGUUAAUUAUUGUGUUAUCAGCAAAGCUAUUAUUACUCGGUGAUGUACAUGUAGAUACAAGUACUACCAUACAAUGCAAGCGUGAGUGUAGAGUACAAGGCAUGCCCCAUCCAUAUCAUAAGCACAUGGAUUUCCUAGUCUAAGACCACAACUUUUGAAUAUCACUGUUUGCCAUAGAAUGGAUGGGAAUACUUAGCAAUCAUCUACAACGGGGUAGUUUUGUUUGGGUGUCAGUUUAGGUAGCACCUGGUAUAAUCCCGGUGGUGUUCAGAAAAAUCGGUCUAGAAAUCAGACCUGCAGAUUUCUGCAGACUUCGCAGUGGUACUCAUCGUAGAAUAUAUACGAUUGCUUCCAAGACAAGAAUAGUAACCGAGCAUGUUUUAGUUAAUUUUUUGUGUAACAAAUUCACUUACUUUCAAAAAGAGCAGCCUGGGCUUGGGUGCCAUAUAAUAGUAAUUUAUAGCUCAUGUGAUAAUAGCACGUGGCAGAUGGUGCAGCUACAUUCUAGUAUGACAACGCUCAGAGGCAACUGCACUACUCCGAGACCCUUCACGGAGCUCCAGUCUUCCCGAAUGUAGUUACCAAACCCCAGGGUAGAGAUAUUUAUAUUUUGAUUUCCCCCUCUCCCUCCUACUGUUACUAACUGCUCUCACUAGAAGAGGUAAAGGGUCCAGCAAAGAAACUCCUUAAGAUUAGGCAUUUUAGAGGCAAUGAAUUACACAAAGACCUGCACGAAAUUAUUUAUUUAUAUUUUUUACUUUUUGCAGGGUAAUUAACUAUUCUUGCCCAUGGAUUUUUAGCUUUACUAUUACUAUUUCUCCAUCACGAAAAGAUUGCAAUAAAAUGCUUAGUUCAAGUCAUGGUGAGUUCCAGGAAUUUAAUUCCAAUGAUAAGGCUUUGGCUUGGUCCAGUUGGCGCCAUGAAUAUAGUGCAUUUUCUUAUUGUAUAAUAAUUUUUUUAUUUAAUUAAAAAAAAAAUUGUGCAAAGCACAAUUAUUUUACAAUUCUUUCCACAAAGUCUAAUUCUUUUUGUAUUACUUAAUUGUAGAUACUUGCAUUUUAAUACCAUGAUUUACAGGGGGAAAAAAUAAGAGGCCCUUCUUUGUAUGGAUUUUAAAGCACAAAACGGCCAAUUGUGACCUGGGAAUGCUUGAUCUAACUGUUUUUGUGUAUCAGUAGCAUCACGUCCACUGAAGAUCCAGUAGCGUGUCCUUGCAGUGUUCAAUUAACUAUUUCGUCCAGGUGUCAUGGGUGUUCUCCGGGUUGCCCAGUUUGUAAUAACCUCUUUAUUGUUAAAUAUCCGCUUAGUGCAUUUGUCCAGUGGUGCAUUAUCGUGUUCAUAUAGCUAUUGCAAGGUUAAUUAAUUCUGUGGUUUAUUGGCUUAUUGUAUAAAAGGAUUUAUAGUGGGAUUGCAUUAGGUUUUGAUGUUGGGAUGUAAACCUUGUCAUAUGACAAUUCACCUUUUUUUUUUCAGUGAAGAUUUUUUAAUUAGUUUUGCAGUGACAAUAAUUCUUACGUUGUGACAUAGUUUACUGCACUGCAUUUGUGAGCUGUUAACAGCCUCCUUGAGAUGCACCUUGCACCUGCUUCAAUGCUAUUAGUGUGCAUUAGUCAAGCAUUUAGAAUGGGUAACCCAGACCCUGAUGCCCUGAUAAUUUAGAAGGUGAGUUCAAUUUCUUCCAGGCUCUAUGCAAUAGUAGUCAUAGAGAUUGUAGCACUGUAAAAGAGUCCGUAUAUACAUAACAGUAUGCCCAUAGUCUGACUUUUGAUACACACAAAAAGUCGAGACAUUUGUGAAUGACCCCUUGCCAAUUUACUCUCUUCCCUUAAUUUAAAAGAAAAAGAAUGUAGUUUUUAGGCAACUGAUAUCUGUGGGCUUUGUGAAUGUUUAUAUGUUGUGCGUUUCUCUCUAGGACAGUUGGUCUUCGUGCCACAUUUGGGCACUACUUUUUCACCAAGGGGAAAGUUGGAGUUCUGCAGUUUUUUAUUUUAUUUCUUAAAUAAUUUGGAUGUAACCAAAGAUUGAAAUGAUGUAGGAUGCAGAUAUACAGUACUUUUUCACAGAAUUGUAACACAGUAUUUUUCGUUUUUCUAUUUGAUCUAGGCAUUAACAGUAGAAUAGCAUUUAACUAGAUUUAAGGAAAAAAAAAUGUGGGUGAAACACAAAUUGUGUGUGAUUAAUGUAACACAGCUAUUGUGGCACUUUUAAAAGAAGACACUUUCAGAAUCAGUUGAAAAUUUAUGGAUUGACUUGCUUUCCUUAGAUUGCAUAUUUGAUGUUUGAAUUGUGGUUAUGGAGCAUACAAGUCAUUGCUUGAUUACCUUAAUGGAGCCUAAAUGUAGCUGAUGUAACAGAUUUCAUUAUAUUUCUUUUUUUCAUUUUAUAUAUAUAUAUACACAUUUAGCAGUAGCAUGUCUUAAUGCGAUACCAAUUUAUUGAUUACUGGUAAAUGAUAGAAUUUUGUGAUUUUUUUUUUCUUUUUCUAAUUUGACAGCAAAGCUGUUAAAAAGGAUAAAAGUAAAAAGACCAAAAAAAUGAAUGAUAAGAGACAUCCAGUAUUCUGGUAAUCACUGUAGACUGUUAUUGCAUUGCCAUUAUUUUCUCGUCGCUUCUUGUAGGAAGGCCCCACCACACCCUCAAGCUGUCCACUGCGAGUUAUUUACUCGAUGGCUGGCAGUCGAUGUCAUUGGAGUCUGCUACUUGAGAAAUCUUAAAACACUUCUUCCUUUCAAGAAUUUUGCCUUGAUAGGAGCAUGAUUAGGCAUUUGUAGAUGUUAAAUUGAGGAAGACAAAUUAAUAAUAACUUUCAUUUAUGAUCUACGAAUUUGUUUAGUUUUGAGAUAUACAGAUUGAGGUCGGAAAUUUUUUUCAUAAUUUUUCACCUUUGUGUGUCAGCCUUUGUACUAUUGGAGUUACUGUGGAGCAAUAAGGAACACUUGUAGACAUUGUGUUAGUGAAAGAGCUGGGGUUUGGCAAACAUAUCAUUACUUUUAAUUUUCAGAGGGGUAUUUUUCAUUGUUUUUGCUUCUUGUGCACUCCUUAGAAGUAUAGAUAACAUUAUGUAGGUUUUAAUUGCUGUUGUGUGUACGAAGUCAGAUGGAGAGGGGAAAAAAUAUGAAGAAUGAGAAUUGGCUUUUUAGUUGA